CGGUCAUUUUAUAAAACAACUUGUCGCGGGCUGCGCGGAGCAGCCGCUGCGGACAUGUCGCAGGAGGCGCUGCCCGUGGAGGUGCCGGCAGCGCUCUACGGCAGGGUCCCCGGCAAGGUCUCGCUGCCGCCGGGCGCCAAGGCGCGGCAGAAUGAAGACUUGGACAUCGAUUCUCUGGGAGAUGGUGAACUGCAAGAGGAAAAAGAAGAAAGCACCAUACCAGGCAAAGGUGAUUUCAAGAUAGAAUCCUCUCCCUGCUAUCUGCUGACUGUAAGGAUCAUCCGGAUGAGAAAUCUCCAGCGAGUGGACACCUUAAGCGAGGCUGAUUGCUACGUGUCCUUGUGGCUGCCAACUGCGACAAGUGAAAAGUCCCGCACUAAAACUGUGAGAAACUCCAACAAUCCGGUGUGGAAUGAAACCUUCUACUUCAGGAUCCAGAGCCAAGUCAAGAAUGUGCUGGAGCUGACAGCGUAUGAUGAGGAUUUUGCUACUCCAGAUGACCAUCUCCUCUGUGCACUCUUUGAUACUGCUAAACUUCCAAUUGAAAGAACAGUGCUCCUGUAUUUUAAGCCCAGCCCAGAGGCCAAGGAGGAGCUAGAGGUUGAGUUCAAAUUGGAGGCUGCUUCUGGUCCCCUUGAAGCUAUUGCUACCAAUGGAGUGCUGGUGUGUCGUGAACUAUGCUGCUUGGAAGUUGAAGUGGCAGAGAAGAUGCAGCAAAAAUCAAAGAAAGAGCUUUCCUUCACUGUGAAGGGCUCCUUUGAGGGGACGCAGGAUAUCACUCUGGGCCCUGAUGGAGUGGUCAGCCCGUCAGGCCCCACUAAGUUCCACUAUAUCAAGUAUGCGGAGCCAACGCUGGAUGUCAUGUUGCCAAAGAAGAGGCAUUACCACCCUUGGACGUGUAAGUACAGUACAGAGACGGGCUCCCCAGUUGUGAUGCUGAAUUCACUGCCUAUGGGAAGGAAAAUGACCAUUGCAGAGGAGAAAAGAUUUGACUUGAAUGUGAGAGCACAAAGCUGUAAUUGUUCAUGCCACCAAGACCUGGACAUGCGCUUUGGGUUUGACUUAUGUUCAGAAGAGAUGGCUUUCCUGGGGAAAAGAAAGAGAUACGUAGCAAGUGCCCUGAAAAAUGUUUUUCACUUACAACGGGAUCUGCUGGAUUGUGAAGUCCCCGUUGUGGCUAUCAUCACCACUGGUGGAGGACUGAAGUCAAUGACAGGACUAUAUGGCAGCCUCAUGGGACUCAAGAAACUAAAUCUCCUGGACUGUGUAACAUACAUCAGCGGGCUGUCUGGCACCACGUGGACCAUGGCCAACUUAUACAGAGAUGCCUAUUGGUCACAGAAGGACCUGGACUCGCAUAUUGGUGAAGCCCAGAAGCAAGCGACCAAAUGCAAGAUGGGCUGUUUCUCUAUGGAUCGCAUGAAAUACUACAACAAGCAGCUUUGUCAGCGGAAAGAAGAGGGAUACAGGACAUCAUUUAUAGAUCUUUGGGGGCUCAUGAUUGAGUACUUACUGAAUGAUGGGAAAGACCCCCACAAACUUUCUGAGCAGCAAGAAGCACUGUGUGAUGGCCAGAACCCACUGCCCAUCUAUGUGUCAGUCAGUGUCCGGGACAGCUACAGCACCCAUGAUUUCAAAGAGUGGGUGGAGUUCACCCCCUACGAGGUGGGACUGCUGAAGUAUGGCGUGUUCGUUCGCACAGAGCAUUUUGGAAGCGAGUUCUUCAUGGGACGCUUGUUAAAAAAACUCCCCGAAUCCCGGAUCUGCUACCUUCAAGGUAUGUGGAGCAGUAUAUUUUCUGUGAACCUAUUACAAAUAUGGGGACUCUCCCACAGUUCAGAGGACUUCUGGAAGAGGUGGACACAAGACAGAAUAGAAGAAGUUGAUGAAGACCCGGUCUUGCCUACGAGACCCCAUGAGUUGAGGACUCGCAUGUAUACUCCUCCUGGGCCCCUGUCUAGCGCUCUUCGGGGAGCACUGACUGACCGCUUCUCCGUCGCCCAGCACCACAAUUUCCUGAAGGGCUACCAGCUGCAUAACAACUACCUGGAGAACGAGCACUUCCAUCGAUGGAAAGACACUGUGUUAGACUCGCGUCCCAACCAGCUGAUGGAAAAUCCCGAUCACCUGGGCAUGAUAGAUGCUGGGUUUUUCAUCAAUACCAGCAGUCCACCACUCUUAAGGCCACAGAGGGAAGUGGAUGUCAUCAUAUAUUUAAGUUACACUACUGGAUCACAUACCUCGUCUCUAGAUAAGGCAUACAAAUACUACUCAGAGCAGAAUAUCCCAUUCCCCAAAAUUUCUUUGACUGAUGAAGAUAAGAAAAAUCUGAAGGAGUGCUACCUCUUCCAAGAUUCAGAUUUGCCAGGAUGUCCAAUCGUGAUUUUUCUUCCUCUUGUGAAUGAUACCUUCCGAGAGUACAAAGCACCGGGUGUCAAGCGCUGUUGCUCUGAGAUGGAGGGAGGACAACUCGAUUUGACCAGUCGCUUUUCACCCUACUGCAUGUUCUCAGUCAGGUAUACUGAUGAGAAUUACCGUCGGCUGCUGAACCUCAGUGAAUACAACAUCCUGAACAACUCACAGAUGAUUAUGCAGGCCUUGCAGACAGCGAUGCAAAGAAGGCAAAACAUGUGCUAAUCACCUGCCUGGUUGCCCCUGUCUUCUCAGAGUUUUUUCACACUCUGGGACACAGAAGGGACACAGCUUUUUGAACAUGGGCUGUUCUACCCUACUGAAAGAAACUGUCCCUGGUGGCUUAGUGGUUAGUUGCAUUUUCUUUUUUUUUUCCAUUCCCAAGAAGUGGCUUCUAAAGGCAAAGAUGUUGCCUGCGUAAUUUUUACAUAUGCUUUGUUCCCUGAAUUAAGGUUGGCUGUAGAACAACUCUUUACCUGGAAUCCUUGUUAGAUUUUAAAAAUUAGUGUUGUUUUAAGCCUAACUUAUUAUAAAGUAUGACAUAUAGGAAAAUAAUUUUUUACUACCACAAUGCUGAAGUAAUACAAACCAGCCGACACAGCUACAGGCGUCAGGAAGGGGGGUAUAAACUUCUGCUCCCCAUGAAUCUUCAUGGAACACAAGGUGCAUCCGCUCCUGGAAAACGAAGAAAACCUGAGACAUGAUGGAAGCUGGCAUUGGAUUCCUGGUUUAACUCUGUUUUACAGGUGUCCUGAAGAGCAGUUGCAGAGCCUGGAAAUGUAAGAGGGACAAGUGUGUGCACACAGCCAGCCCCCUGAAUCACAUCCACCCCCUGGGCUCUCUUGGGCUGUGAAUGAAUCAUAUGUAGAUGGGAAGGAACAACUUAGGAGGAAGUGGUGUAAGAUUUUUCACGUAAGAAAUUUUGUAAAGCAAAAGGUGUAAUUUGGGCACAUCAAAAUUUCCUGUGAAUUUGUGUUAGUUUUGAUUGUUUUGUAUUGAAACAGUAUGUAAAAAAGUCAACAUAUUUUAUUUGAAGCAUUCAAAAUAAAACAUCCUGGAAUAUUUUUUUUUUCCCAGUUGAGUUACUUCUCAUGUUAAACUUCCCUUUCUUAAAUUAAAAAG